GAGGUAUGGGAGUUGGACCCUCCGGAGGUGCUGAACUCUGUUCUGCAGUACGCUGCAUGGGGAGUACAGGGCCAGCAACUGGUAAGUCAAAGACAAGUUGGCCACUCCUACAUGCAACCCUUCCAUAUCACACCUGUUACCAUUGGGAAUAAUGCAACAGUCAUAUUUUGUGAUUUUUCCGGUUAAAGUCACAAUCCUAUAUCACAUGACAUUUGAAUAUUACUCCAACUAGGAAGUUUGCAUUUCUUGGCGUGAUGGCUAACGUAUUGGGUUGAUAGUCGGUAGACCCCGGUUUGAGUCCCAGGCGGGGCUACCCCCCGAACUUGCAAUAUUCUGCAUGUACACACCCCAGUGUUGAAAGUAACUGAGUAUAGUCCUUGGCUACUGAGGGUUAUGUCAGCUAUUUGUUUUGUAGUUUUUGGGUACAUCUUGAAUAAACUACAAAAAUGUUGCUUUAACAAGUGUUGCCCGUGGCCUGUAAUGUAUGUACAAAGGAAUAGGAGCAGUUGGUUUGCCCAGGAUCAACAGUGAAAAAAAUAUUUUUUAUUUUUUAUUUUUGAAAUGCUGUUAUUUCUUGGUUUAGCCUUCGGGAUGAUUUUCUUUCCUCUUCGUCAUGUAAUUGCUUUGUUUGAUUUAAUUGUUCUCCAAUUGAAUCCCUGCAUGGAGUGCAUUUUGAACUUUUAAUUAGGCUGUGCUUUGAUUAUGCUGCGGUUGAAAGUGAAUCAUGUUUCUCAUUAAAGUGGUAACAAUAGAGUACAUGAACAUUUAUGUUUGAGUGAAUAAAAAAAUUAAAUUAAAUGUAAAGCCAGAAUGUAUAGAUAAUAUCCACUCCGUCUCCUGUAUUGGCUUAGAAGGUCAACCAAGUUACCUGGCCUUUAAAACAUUUGCAUCUAAUAAUUACUUUGAUCUCUUUAGUCACAAAACAAUGCUGUGGACAUUCAAACAUGUUGACAGCUUUCAGUCAGAUUAUUUGAGAACAUGAUAUUUGAUCAACAUGACAAUCGGUAGUGAAAUGCCAAGCACACCUGAAACAACCUAUACUAAUGUGACAUUCAGUAUGCCAUGUAAAUGUGGACCAUUUCCUCCAAGCCUGACUAUUUCUCUCAAAUCUGCUAAUUUUGUAGUGCUUUGUAGUGAAGCCACGGAGCAGGAUUAACUACAGUGCCAAGAUGGCUAACUCGCUGGGCAGUGGUCAUAGUGGCAGCAGGGUCCUUCUACCCCAGCCCCAUCUCCUUUGGAAGGCUUCUUUGAAGCUUCUUCGUACAGCUGCUCCGACACCGUUCUGAUAGGCUCACCUGUGUUGGAUCCCACUUCUGACACCAAAUGUUAUGAAGUUGGGGGUCAUGUGGAAUUCAAACCCGAUGCCAUCCAUUUGGAUGGUGGGUGCACAAUUGUAACAACAGCGCCAAGAAGGUUAAUGUAUUUGGCUGAAAUCAUGGGGAAACUAAUGGUAGGGUCAUUAUGGUAUCAACCAAAAUCCCACCAAAAAUGUGAUGCAAUAAAACAGCCACUCGAACCAAGAACCCAGAACCCUAUCAGUCUAAUUCUGGGAAAGUGAGAUCCAACAUGCACUUGAACUAAAACAAGAGCCAGCCUUUCUGAAACCAACUAUCAAAGCACAGCAUUCUAAGCAGGUUGAUGUGGAAUGUCAAACGACUCUCGCAUUGUACUCCAGUUCGUUUUCGAAAUAGAGAAUCAUUCAAAUUAGAUGACAAUACCUUUUCAUUUGUUUUUCAUUAGACAGAUGGGGCACCUUUUGUGGACAGCUAACAGGCUUAAGUAUUACAGGCUUCUUGUCUGCAAUUGCAACAUUCGGUGUGGUUUAUUUUGCCGUAAAUCAAACUCACCUCCAUUAGAGGGCCAUUACGGUGAUGAGGGAUGAGGCAGACAGAUAUCCAGGGAUUCGGGGCUCUCGAGUAGCAUAAGCUCCAUCGUUAGCCACAAUUGUAUCUUAUGAAUACAUGACACUGCUAAUAUAUCUUGGAUGGGAUGCCAGUUCUGUGAGUUGUUUUGUUGUGUAGACUAGAUAUUAAAUUGACAGCAUCCUUAAAGUGAACUAGCUGUCAACACAAACUCAAGCUCAAAACAUCCAAAAACAUACAUAUAAAUGUUAUGAUAGCACUUCCUCAUAACCAAACCUGUCAUAGCCAAUGUAUUUCCUAACUGAAAAUCCUACCCCAUCUUAGGACAGCUAGUCCCAGUCUUUAUUGAAGUAGAUGGUGCAUUGAUGUUGAAACUGUUGAAACUGUUCAAGACAUUGCUGUUUAAAGCAGCUCUUUUAGCUGAAUCCUAUACCACACACACUGCCUUCUGGAGCGAUUUAGGAAGGUUGCCGCUACUCAAUGCCUUUGAUAUAACAGCAGGGCCUGCAGAGCCUGAGACGGGGUCAGCUCAGCUCAGCUCCGUGACCGAGUGACUACAUAACGGUGCUUUAUGUAAGUCUGGCUGAUGCAGACAGCUGGUUGACUGGGAAACGUUGGAUGGUUAAGGAAUUGGUUGCUAAUUUCAACACAGGUCUAUGUAACACAGGUCAUUUAGGUUGUUAAUGGAAUCGGACGUUAGGUUUCUGGAAUUUCUCUGGACAGGGGGGAUUCCUUGCCUUCAGGGUGAGACUUGAAUAAGACCUGAAUUGAAAAUGUGUUGUUAUUUCCCCCUUUUCGUGAAUUUCAACAUAUCUGCUAAUUUGACUGGGUACCCUAGGUGAUAUACAAUAUUCAUAUUUCUCUCUCUGUGUUCAAAACUGAAUUAUUGUUAAAAGUUGAAAUUUCAUUGACUUUCACAUUUCAGACCUGUAGAGGUCAUGCCAAAGUUAAAUGUUAAAUGAAAUGUGAUAUGUCAGUGAUUACUUUUCUGAUCUCCUUGUGUGUCCUUGUGCCCACAGAUCUAUCAGUUCCAGGAAAUCCCACACUGAAAAAUAUGAAAUUCACUACUUUUAUUAAUCUGCUUGCUCUACCCUCAUAUUUAGUUUCACAUAGAAGUGUUUCACAUUUCUAUGUUAAGCAUGACCUUUCAGGACAACCAGAGCUACAAGUAGAACACAAUUUGACAUAAACAGUUCCAUUUAUGAGUUUUAUUGCCAAAUGUCAAUAGAAAAAUGUAAAGCUAUAAUCAAGCUAAAUCUUGAUUAAAAAAAAUGAAUUUAUAAGAAUGCUGUAAGUACAGAAAUUGUUUGCUUGGUGAGAAAUGAAUAUCCAACUAGUCAGUGACAACUGUGUGGAGUUUGGAGUUUGUGACCGGAAUUAUGUGAGCUUAUUACAGUACUAUAGACACUAUGUCCUGGGAUUUCCUAUGAUGGUGUGGCUUGUGAGCGUCAUAGAGUCGCAGCUUUUCAUAGAUGGGUCAUACAUUUUGUAGCUCAAACCGUUCUGACUUUGCAGACAUUUUUGUGAGAAGAAGCGUUUCACAAACACAGCUCUAGCUCAGCCCCCGUUAAUCACACAGAAUAAUGGUUGGUAUCAGCGGAUGCAGAAGAAAUAGACAAAUCCAAAAACCCAAAUCUGUAGCUCAAAGACACAAUGUUUAAAAGGGGUUAAAACACACAUAUGUCAGUGAUGACUUUCCUGAUCUCCUUGUGUGUCCUUGUGCACACAGAUCUACAUAUUUGAGAACAAUAUUUACUACCAAUCAGAUGUGAAGAGCAACUCCCUCAGACUGACAUCUUCUGGAAAGGAAGGGGUCAUCUUCAAUGGGAUCGCUGACUGGCUGUACGAGGGUAGGUAUUAGCAUUUACUUAAAUAGACUGUACAACUAAAGUCCUUUUAGAAAUGUGGCAGAUGUUCACCAAAGUUGGCAUCACUGUCACAAAUCCUAUGGAGAAAAUUGAGAAAUGGUGCCAUAUGAUUCAUUUUAGAAUAUAAUAUUUGUGACAGUUUAUUUGAAAGUGUGGGCAGAACUCGCUAACACCUACACAUGCAACACAACAUCUAACAAUAGCAAACUGGUAUCAUGAAAGCAUAAUCACUGUCACAAUUCCUUUUAAUAAAACAGAGAAAAUGUUGCCAUAUAAUUGGUAUUAGUAUGGAAUAUGUGUGACAGUUUAUUUGAAAGUGUGGGCAGAACUUGCUAACACCUACACAUGCAACACAACAUCUUACAUUUGCAAACACUGCCCGCUAGGCACACCACAUAAAUUCAACGUGGAAAUGUGGGUAAUAUUUGGUUGAGAUUUCAACUUUUAUUCACCUACUCAAAAAGAGACAGUUUAUUGAAAACCCAAUGUGUUAUCACUGCGCUUUCAACCAUUUAAAAGCACAACAAAGUUCAAAUGGGAAUACAAUGUCAGAUAUUUAUUUAUUUAUAAAACCACUUAAUGUUUUAUCACUGUGCUUCUUCUAAUAGCAGAACCAAAUGACCUGGAUUGCAGUUGAGAUUAUAUUAAAAGUACAUAGUAAAAGUGAUCAAUGCUGUUCAAGAUUCUGCGCAGAUUAUUAUAAAUUGUGAAGGUCUCCACAGACCUGCAACCUUUGCAUCCUAUCUUGAACAUGCACACAUUCUAUGACUACAUAAGAAUACAUUUAUAGUUACAGGAGGCUAACCUCAAAAUGUAGCCAUGGAUGUGUUACUAAUUUUAAGGUUGAAAAAUACUGUUACAUUAGUGUGUAGUGUAAGAUAGCCUUAACUUUAGACUGUUUACUGUAUUACAAAAGUAAUAUUGAAUAGUGUUUGGUUGACAACACAACCAACUAUCAACAUUUAAAGGAUAUCUAAUACUUGUAUAGUUUCAUCUGAGCCACUGACUUAAUCCUAUUCUGUAACUUUUAUUUUUGGUUCACGUUGGAGAUGUGAAUCCAACAUAUCAUCUGAUUAGUUGUCGACAAGUUAUUAGGCUGUUUACUGUAUUGCAAAAUAUAUAUUGAAGUAUGUUUGCUUGUCAACACAUCCAAAUAUCAGAGAUGUAUAUUUUUGGGCACUGACUUAGUCUGGCUUUAAUUCCAAUGUGUCUACAUAUUAAUAAUUGAUAUGUUGGAGUCACAUCUACAUCUCCACCAGAAAUCGUUAAAUCGUUAAAGAAUAGGACUAAAUCAAAUCAAACUUUAUUCAAAGUGCAUUUCAAGUUUGAUUUAAUUUGAUUUAUUCAACCUUUUUGGUUGAGAUGGAUACAUGGAUCCAACAUAUCAAUUAUUCAUUUGUAGACUAAAUGGAAUUAAAGCCAGAAUAAAUCAGUGGCACAGAUGGAACAAUCCAUGCAGAAGAUACAUCUGCUUCAAAUGCUGAUAUUUGUUUGUGUUGACAAUCAAACAGAAUUCAAAAUCCAGUUUGUCUACAAAUGAAUAUUUCAUAUCUCAACCAACAAUUGUAGUUAAGGAAUAGGACUAAAUCUAAUCUAAUCAAACUUUAAAUGCAUAUUAAAUAAAGUUUGAUUUGAUUUAGUGAUAUUCUUUAAAUUAGAUUUUGGGUUGAGUUUUGAGACAUGAAUCCAACAUAUUAAUGAUUAACUUGAAGAUUACAUUUGAAAUCAACCAAAGCUUGAAACCCUAGCCCUACAUGUAUAUGUAUUGUCUAUUUUUAGUUGAAACCUGUGUUGAAUUGAAACAAUAGCUGUUGAUUACUUUGCAAAUUCUAUAUAGGCCUAAAUAGUAUCAUUGAUGAUAUAUGACUUAUAAAGUAUGGUUGCAUUUAAUUUCCUCUAUUAAACCUACCCUUUGGAAUGACUUCGAUAGCAACAGUGAAUAUAUUUAGUUAUUAAGAGAUCUCUCAAAAUUAGUCAGUGACAAAUAUCAAAGCUAAGCAGGGCUUGGUUAAAACCCUGGAUGCGAGACCAAAUUAAUAGCUUUAAAUACAGUGCCUUGCAAAAGUAUUCUUCCCCCUUGACGUUUUUCCUAUUUUGUUGCAUUACAACCUGUAAUUUAAAUUGAUUUUUAUUUGGAUUUCAUGUAAUGGACAUACACAAAAUAGUCCAAAUUGGUGAAGUGAAAUGAAAAAAAUAACUUGUUUCAAAAAAUUCUAAAAGAUAAAUAAUGGAAAAGUGGUACGUGCAUAUGUGUUCACCUCCUUUGCUAUGAAGCCCCUAAAUAAGAUCUGGUGAAACCAAUUACCUUCUAAAUUCACAUAAUUAGUUAAAUAAAGUCCACCUGUGUGCAAUCUAAAUGUCACAUGAUCUGUCACAUGAUCUCAGUAAAUAUACACCUGUUCUGAAUGGCCCCAGAGUCUACAACACCACUAAGCAUGGGGCACCACCAAGCAAGCGGCACCAUGAAGACCAAGGAGCUCUCCAAACAGGUCAGGGACAAAGUUGUGUAGAAGUACAGAUCAGGGUUGGGUUAUAAACAAAUAUCCGAAACUUUGAACAUCCCACGGAGCACCAUAAAAUCCAUUAUUAAAACAUUUAAAGAAUAUGGCACCACAACAAACCUGCCAAGAGAGGGCCGUCCACCAAAACUCACAGACCAGGAAAGGAGGGCAUUAAUCAGAAAGGCAACAAAGAGACCAAAGAUAACCCUGAAGGAGCUGCAAAGCUCCACAGUGGAGAUUGGAGUAUCUGUCCAUAGGACCACUUUAAGCCAUAAACUCCACAGAGCUGGGCUUUACGGAAGAGUGGCCAGAAAAAAAGCCAUUGCUUGAAGAAAAAAAUAAGCAAAGACAUUUGGUCUUUGCCAAAAGGCAUGUGGGAGACUCCCCAAACAUAUGGAAGAAAGUACUCUGGUCAGAUGAGACUAAAAUUGAGCUUUUUGGCCAUCAAGGAAAACGCUAUGUCUGGCGCAAACCCAACACCUCACAUCACCCCGAGAACACCAUCCCCACAGUGAAGCAUGAUGGUGGCAGCAUCAUGCUGUGGGGAUGUUUUUCAUCGGCAAGGACUGAAAAACUGGUCAGAAUAGAAGGAAUGAUGGAUGGCACUAAAUACUGGGAAAUACUUGAGGGAAACCUGUUUCAGUCUUCCAGAAAUUUAAGACUGGGACAGAGGUUCACCUUCCAGCAGGACAAUGACCCUAAGCAUACUGCUAAAGCAACACUCGAGUGGUUUAAGAGGAAACAUUUAAAUGUCUUGGAAUGGCCUAGUCAAAGGCCAGACCUCAAUCCAAUUGAGAAUCUGUGGUAUUACUUUAAGAUUGCUGUACACCAGCGGAACCAAUCCAACUUGAAGGAGCUGGAGCAGUUUUGCCUUGAAGAAUGGGCAAAAAUCCCAGUGGCUAGAUGUGCCAAGCUUAUAGAGACAUACCCCAAGAGACUUGCAGCUGUAAUGGCUGCAAAAGGUGGCUCUACAAAGUAUUGACUUUGGGGGGGUGAAUAAUUAUGCACGCUCAAGUUUUCUGUUUUUUUGUCUUAUUUCUUGUUUGUUUCACAAGAAAAAAUAUUUUGCAUCUUCAAAGUUGUAGGCUUGUUGUGUAAAUCAAAUGAUACAAACCCCCCAAAAAAUCCAUUUAAAUUCCAGGUUGUAAGGCAACAAAGUUGAAGAUUUUACAUUUUUUCAAAGGUACAAUUUCAACAUAUUUUAUACAAGGUUUGUAUAUGCUGAAAAUAGGUUACAUUAGCUAGGUUUCCAUCCAACUGGCGACAGAUUUCAUGUGAAUAUUCUAAAUUCUGCAUAAAAAAAAAAAUGCAUAUUUUCCCAACAGUGGUGUUUCCACCAAACUGACUUAUUGCGUUUAAAAAUCAGUGUUUGAUGACGUAAUGCACACAAAAGGUACUUUUUCGUUUAAGUUUUCAUGCAUGGUUUCCCUAGUAGUGGGAGAACCACACAUCAUCUCAUUGAGUGACUCCAACAAAGACAUUUCCACCACCAUUUCUCAGAUAAUUAAUUUUACCAACACAAAAAGAACCCACCAUGUCGAACGAACAAAUUAUCUGUCGGCAUUUAUAAAAUUGCACCGAAACUUCCUGUUUCCAUCACAGCUGUCAUGAUUUUUUAUACGGUAUGACUUUACUCGCAUAUAAACUGUGGAUGGAAAUGUGGUUAUUGAUGACAUAAUUCCUUGGUUGAAAUUUCACUCUCAAAACAACAGUUAACAUUGUUUACUUUUUUCAAAUCCAAUAUAUUUUCCAUGUAGAUUCCAUGUCACAAUACGAUGACGAAUUACGUUGAAACAAUGUUGAUUCAAACAGUUUGUGCCCAGUGGGUGGUAUCAUGGAAGCAUUAUUAUUAUGAGUUCUUCAUAGCUACAAUAUUGCCAAUAGUAUUUCAUGUAACUCAAGGUAUUUGUGACUGAGUAAACACAGUGGAGGGAUGUUCAGCAAUUCUAACAUGUCUCAUGUUUUUCUGAUGAUAAUUAGUCAAACACAGUGGGGGAGUCAAACUGCACCGUCUAAUGAAUUUUUCAAUUUCCCAUCAGCUGCACAAUAGAUAAAUUAAUGAAAUUCUAAAUUAGUGCCAAAUGCCAGUUUAUUCCAAAAAAGUAUUAAAUAUGAAUGUGAUCAAAUAGUAGAUUUGAAUAGGGAAGGGGUUAUUAAGUUUAGUAGAAAGACAGCCCAUCACGUUACUCAUGAGGAGUGUUGGGAUUAUUACAUUUAAAAAAUACAUUAACGCGUUACUGUACAAUAUUACUUUGUGAGGAAAGUAAAACAUUAUAUUACUAAUUAUAUUACUUUGCAUUACUUUCAUGAAAGAAAACCUCAAAAUCUCACAAUUUGUUUGACUGUCACUUGGAGCAAGGCGAGCCGCGCCGCUCUACCUUUCAUCUGUGGCGCUGCUUUUCUGUGCAAGUCUACAAGUGCUACGCUAUAUAUGGGCAGCUUAAUUAGCAUAUACAGUGAGGGAAAAAAGUAUUUGAUCCCCUGCUGAUUUUGUACGUUUGCCCAUUGACAAAGACAUGAUCAGUCUAUAAUUUUAAUGGUAGGUUUAUUUGAACAGUGAGAGACAGAAUAACAACAAAAAAAUCCAGGAAAACGCAUGUCAAAUAUGUUAUGAAUUGAUUUGCAUUUUAAUGAGGGAAAUAAGUAUUUGACCCCUCUGCAAAACAUGACUUAGUACUUGGUGGCAAAACCCUUGUUGGCAAUCACAGAGGUCAGACUUUUCUUGUAGUUGGCCACCAGGUUUGCACACAUCUCAGGAGGGAUUUUGUUCCACUCCUCUUUGCAGAUCUUCUCCAAGUCAUUAAGGUUUCGAGGCUGACGUUUGGCAACUCGAACCUUCAGCUCCCUCCACAGAUUUUCUAUGGGAUUAAGGUCUGGAGACAGGCUAGGCCACUCCAGGACCUUAAUGUGCUUCUUCUUGAGCCACUCCUUUGUUGCCUUGGCUGUGUGUUUUGGGUCAUUGUCAUGCUGGAAUACCCAUCCACGACCCAUUUUCAAUGCCCUGGCUGAGGGAAGGAGGUUCUCACCCAAGAUUUGACGGUACAUGGCCCCGUCCAUCGUCCCUUUGAUGCGGUGAAGUUGUCCUGUCCCCUUAGCAGAAAAACACCCCCAAAGCAUAAUGUUUCCACCUCCAUGUUUGACGGUGGGGAUGGUGUUCUUGGGGUCAUAGGUAGCAUUCCUCCUCCUCCAAACACGGCGAGUUGAGUUGAUGCCAAAGAGCUCGAUUUUGGUCUCAUAUGACCACAACACUUUCACCCAGUUCUCCUCUGAAUCAUUCAGAUGUUCAUCGGCAAACUUCAGACGGCCCUGUAUAUGUGCUUUCUUGAGCAGGGGGACCUUGCGGGCGCUGCAGGAUUUCAGUCCUUCACGGCGUAGUGUGUUACCAAUUGUUUUCUUGGUGACUAUGGUCCCAGCUGCCUUGAAAUAAUUGACAUGAUCCUCCUGUGUAGUUCUGGGCUGAUUCCUCACCGUUCUCAUGAUCAUUGCAACUCCACGAGGUGAGAUCUUGCAUGGAGCCCCAGGCCGAGGGAGAUCAACAGUUAUUUUGUGUUUCUUCCAUUUGUGUAUAAUCGCACCAACUGUUGUCACCUUCUCACCAAGCUGCUUGGCGAUGGUCUUGUAGCCCAUUCCAGCCUUGCGUAGGUCUACAAUCUUGUCCCUGACAUCCUUGGAGAGCUGUUUGGUCUUGGCCAUGGUGGAGAGUUUGGAAUCUGAUUGAUUGAUCGCUUCUGUGGACAGGUGUCUUUUAUACAGGAAUAAACUGAGAUUAGGAGCACUCCCUUUAAGAGUGUGCUCCUAAUCUCAGUUCGUUACCUGUAUAAAAGACACCUCGGAGCCAGAAAUCUUUCUGAUUGAGAGGGGGUCAAAUACUUAUUUCCCUCAUUAAAAUGCAAAUCAAUUUAUAACAUUUAUGACAUUAGUUUUUCUGGAUUUUUUUGUUGUUAUUCUGUCUCUCACUGUUCAAAUAAACCUACCAUUAAAAUUAUAGACUGAUCAUUUCUUUGUCAGUGGGCAAACGUACAAAAUCAGCAGGGGAUUUUUUCCCUCACUGUAUACUGUAAGCCAAACAUUUGUACAGAUUUCCUAUCUUUUUAAUCAAAAUCUUUCUCUCGAGACUCCAGUUCUGGUUAUAGACCCAUAGAGAUGUGCUCUAUGUAGGGCACACUUGCCACUAGACGGGAUAGCCCUCUAUGGGCUUUGCUAUCACAGAAACAAUCAAUGGCAAAGAUCAGAGGUGCGCCCUCUAUACAUUUCCAUGGACAGUAGCUGUCAUGACAUUUCUCCAAACAGCCUUUCUCCGCUCUCUCCAAAUGAGGAAACAAGUCGAGGUUGGAUCUUGGAAACACACGGCUGGUAGAGAUAUGAUUCUGAAAGUAACGCAAGCGUUGUUUGACAAAGUAACUGUAAAAAUAUUACCCAAUUUGAAAAAGUAACAUGUUACUUUACUCAGAUACUCAUAAAAUAAAUCUGAUUAUGUAACGCAUUACCCCCAACACUGCUCAGGAGAAAUCCAAUUAUACACAGAUUAUGGAAGUGUUUCUGCAAGCAGUCACUUUAACUGUGCAAUUGCAUAUAUUAUUUGUUAACUAUUCCAUGUACCUUUGUGUGAAAAAUUAUCGUCAUUCUAUGUUGUGUGGGUAUUUUUGCCUUGAUAUGGAUAUUUAGGGCCAAGUUUGCACCAGUUUUUUUUUUUUUUUCCCCCAGCAAUGUGUAAAACACCAAAAGUAAACCCAUAACAUGAGACCUGUGAUGAGGUGAUUUGGAAGGAGUCAGGCGCAGGAGCAUAAAUCACAGAAUAACAGGAUUUAUUCUGAAACACAGAGUUAGUUACUCAGUAAUGCGUCAAAACACUCCAGUGCGCAAAACAGGUGCACUGGAAAAUACAAGGCACACGGGGAAAUAUCCUGGCCAUACAAAAUACACGGAGCUCCACCGAGCUUCUCUAUCCUCCACAAUAAACAAUCAAACACAAAGACAAGGGGGCAGAGGGAACACUUACACGGGUACUGAUGAGGGGAUAUGAACCAGGUGUGUGUAAUAAACAAGACAAAACAAAUGGAAUGAUGAGAUGAGGAGCGGCAGUGGCUAGAAGGCCGGUGACGACAAACGCCGAAGCCUGCCCGAACAAGGAGAGGUGGCAGCUUCGGAGGAAGUUGUGACAAGACCGUGUUUAUUUACCGUUUACCUUUGUUUUUGUUCUUUCUCUUGACCUUUAUUUGACCUUUUUGUUAUUUCAUCAAUGUUUUAAUAUCCUUUUGAAAAUACAGGUGCAAAGUAAACUUGGCACUUAGCCUAUUUUAGUUCGAAGCUUCAUAUGAUACGGUGUGUUACUUAUUGUUUUCCUAUAACCAUACCUCUGGGAAAACAAUUGAUAUUCUUUUAUGUUUUAUCUGUAUGAACUACACUUUUUUCCUGCAUAAACAUUGCGAUUUUCAUGGUAAUAUGACAGUCUCUAUGACAACCUAUCAUUCCUUCGUUUGUCUAUUUUCAUCUCUCUGACAAUGUGAACUAACAUGUUAAUAUGUCUCUCUCUCUCUCUCUCUCUCUCUCUCUCUCUCUCUCUCUCUCUCUCUCUCUCUCUCUCUCUCUCUCUCUCUCUCUCUCUCUCUCUGCGAGCGUCUAUUUUGAGAUAUGCAAAUGCCUCUUAAUCAGACCUAAUUAACAUCUCUAUUGUGUGACCUUACGUUGUCACAGACCCUUGAGUGCCGUUAACUGCACUCAAAUAUCAUACUUGCGAACUUCAUGCUUGAGUUGUAUUUUUGAACACACUAUGGAUAUAUAUCCUUCUCAUAUGAAACAGUACGUAUGGAAAGUUAGGCUGAACUUAAGGAAAGAUGAUAAUAUCAACUAUUAUCUAAAAAGCAAUUUUCACACUAAAUUUCCAUGUACUGUAACAUAUUAACACAGCCAUAUGUGGCCAUAUCGUUGGGGAAUAAAAACAUUUAUAGAGGUCUAUAAUAUAUUUAUGUAUUCCUUAUGUCUCUCUACAGAGGAGAUUCUCCAGUCCCAUGUGGCACACUGGUGGUCACCCGAUGGAGAGAGAUUGGCCUUCCUGGUUCUCAAUGAUACUCUGGUGCCCAAUAUGGCCCUUCCUCGCUUCACUGGGUCUUCAUACCCCAAGGGAAAGCAAUACCCCUACCCUAAGGUAAGCAAUAGCCUAAAUCUGAGAUGA